AUGAAGACUCUCAUUCUGCUUGCAAUAGCUGUUGCAAUUACUAUUGAAACUUCUACUACAACUCUUGCCGAAAGCGGAACAUAUAGGUUCACAAUCAAAUUUUCACAGAAUUCAAGCAACAGUAGUAACUCUGAUGUUGCCUUGGGACUGACUGUUGGCUCGAUGACUGCUCCAUUAACGUCUUCUUACUUUGCUUCUGGAGCUUGAAUCAAUGUAGGUACCAGCAACUAUCAACUCACCACUACAAGCACCACUUUGAAGGGCUUUGGAAUUGAAUGGCAAUGUCAUUCAACUUGCGCAUAUUUGGCUGCAGUGUACAACUCAGUCACUUUCUAUGCCGGGGCUAAUUGGGGACAAACAACAGCUCACGUUGUCUCCUCCCAAUCUACAUUAACCUCUGUAUCAUCUCCUAGUGGAACCAACUCCAACAACUCCACUGCAAAGACUGUCUCCUACACCUUCUAUGGAUUGACUCCGACGCAACUUGCAAGUUCUGUAUACAUGCCAAACCAGACAGAGACCUGGUACGUCAGAUGCUUUGCCAGAUUCAACAAUCCAGCUAGCGUUGGAUUUUCUGGAGGCAUAUAUGACUUGGAAACCACAAUUGGAAACGGAAGGAACUUGAGUCUCAGUGGUUCCACAAUAUCUUCCUUAGAGAGUCAGAAGGCCCGGUUCUGGGCAAUCUUCUCUAUGGCCAAGACGAUUCUAGCCUACCUGACUUAACCUGAAGGA